UUCUUUCUGCAACACAUCGGAACUCAACGCCAAACAACAAUGGCAGCUUCCAAAAACUACGCAAUUUCUUCCCUCUUCGUCUUCCUAUCGAUCUUCACAAGCGAAGCUUCUUUCAAUUACACGGCUCAUUACUGCUCAAACGCCACCAUCUUCCCCACCAACACCACUUUCAAACGAAACCUCAACGUCCUCCUCCACUCCCUCACCUCCAACGCCUCCCAGUUCGGAGGCUACUACAUGACCAUCAUGGGCUUCGGAACCACCGACGCCGUCAACGGCCUCUUCCUCUGCCGCGGCGACAUCAUCUCCCCCGCCGCCUGCCAAGAGUGCGUCACCACGGCCGCCAAAGACAUAACUAUCCGUUGCCCUAAUCGAACCGCGGCCAUAAUCUGGUCCGACCAGUGCAUGCUGCGCUACACCAGCAAGUAUUUCCGGUUCGACAGCGUCAUCCCCGGGGUAAACCUCAACGACGGCAAGAGCUUCUCCGGUGGGAACUUGGAACAGUUCAACGACUCAUUAUUCAGCUUAUUGAAUGAUUUGACAAGGAAGGCUGCGAAACCACUGACGGUGAAGAAGUUUGCAGUUGGCGAAGCGAUAUUAUCAUCAAGCUCGCCGGUGACGACGCUGUAUGCUUUAGAGCAGUGCACGGAUGACUUGAGCAGUGAUCAGUGUGAUACUUGUCUGCAAAAAGCCAUUGGAAUUUUGGGUAACUGUUGUGAGGGAAAACUAGGGGCAAGUGUUCUUCUUGCUUCGUGCAACAUCAGAUACGAACUGUACCCAUUUUACAAUGUAACGGCUGUAUCACCUGGAACUGCAGUAAGGUUGUCUCCUCCUUCAGGAAAGAGGAAAACUGAAUCGCGAACAAUUGUUCUAAUUGUUGUCCCAGUUUCAAUUGCUGUUGUGAUCUUCUGUUUUGGAGGGUUUUUCCUGCUGAACAGACGGAAGCAUAGGACUGCAGUAAUUAAUGAAUGUCUGGAUGGUGGAGAAGAAAUUUCCCAUCUAGAGUCGUUGCAAUUCUCUUUUGCUACAAUUGAAGCUGCGACAAACCAUUUUUCACAGCUUAACAAAAUAGGCAAGGGUGGAUUUGGGGAAGUUUACAAGGGUGUGCUUCCAGAUAAACGAGAAAUAGCUGUUAAGAAACUUUCAAGUAAAUCCAAACAGGGUGUUGCGGAAUUUAAGAAUGAGAUUUCUCUUAUUGCCAAGCUUCAACAUAGAAAUCUGGUUGCCUUAUUUGGAUUUUGCUUGCAAGAAGAAGAGAAAAUGCUUGUUUAUGAAUAUGUGCCUAACAAGAGUCUUGAUUACUUUUUAUUCGAUUCAGAUCCAAAGCGAAGAAUGUUGAAUUGGUUUGAGCGUUUCAAGAUCAUAGGGGGUAUUGCAAGAGGAAUUUUAUAUCUACAUGAGCAUUCACGACUUAAAGUUAUACAUCGUGAUCUCAAACCAAGUAAUGUGCUGUUAGAUGAUAACAUGAAUCCAAAAAUAUCAGACUUUGGCUUAGCAAGAAUCGUUGCUAUAGAUCAAGAUCAAGGAAGUACCAAUAGAAUUGUUGGAACAUAUGGUUACAUGUCUCCUGAAUAUGCAAUGCAUGGACAAUUUUCAGAAAAAUCAGAUGUGUAUGGUUUUGGAGUUAUAAUUCUAGAAAUAAUUAGUGCAAAAAGAAAUGCCCGAUCUCCCAAGUCAAAGAUUUUUGAAGAUCUUCCAAGUCAGGCAUGGAGACAAUGGAGGAAUCAUACCCCACUGGCAAUUAUGGACUCAAACCUAAAAGAAUCAUACUCUCACACUGAAGUCAUAAAGUGCCUUCAAAUUGGACUAUUAUGUGUCCAAGCAGACCCAGAUGAUAGACCUACAAUGGCGACAGUUCUUUCAUACCUUAGUACUCAAUUAAUUGAUUUGCCAUUUCCAAGAGAACCUGCGCUCUUAAGGUACAGUGCUGGGAAAUCAACCAACAUGGAAGAUGGAGAUUUCAGUUCAGGUCAAUUCUCCAGUAAUUCCACACCUUCUUCCAUCAAUGACAUGUCCAAGAGUGCCUUUUUCCCUCGAUAGUUUAUGUGCGAGUUUGAAACUCCAUUCGAUCUCAAAUAAUUAAGAAAACAUUUUGUCUUUGUAAUUUUAA